CGCUGCUGAGUAUUCAACUGAUUCAAAUCGUAUUCAAUUUUUUAAAAGCAGCCAACAAACAACGAAAAUAACAAACUUUAAAACCAUGGAGCUAUUGAAAAGCGACGCCGAUGCCGACAUCGAUGCUGGCAUCUCUGAAAUUGCCAACUAUUAUGCCGGAAAAACAAUACUCAUCACGGGCGCCACGGGCUUCAUGGGCAAAGUGCUCGUCGAGAAGCUGUUGCGCAGCUGUGCUGACCUUAACGCCAUCUACCUCUUGAUUCGCACCAAGAAAGGCGUCGAGCCAAGUGUCCGCAAGGAGCAGUACUUUAAAUGUGUCAUUUUCAGCAAAUUAUUGGAGAAGAACCCGGAGAUACUGCAGAAGGUGCGCGUCAUAAAGGGCGAUGUGCUUGAGCCGAACCUUGGCCUGAACGACAAUGACAUCAACACACUCGCCUCCAAUGUGCAGAUCGUCUUCCACUGCGCCGCCAAUGUGCGCUUUGAUCAGCCGCUGCGUCCCAUGGUUAACAUGAAUGUCGUUGGCACUCUCAAAGUGCUCCAGCUAGCAGAGAAGAUGACCCAUCUGCAGGCCUUGGUGCAUGUCUCAACUUCAUAUUGUCAGUGCAACGAGCGUGUGCUUGAGGAACGCGCCUAUCCAGCGCCACAAAAUCCAUUUACCAUCAUUGAAAUGGUGGAAACAAUGGACGAUGCUGCUCUGGCGGAAAUUACACCCAAAUUGCUUAAUGGCUUGCCCAACACGUACGCUUACAGCAAGGCGCUGUCAGAAGAUCUAAUUUGCAGAUACAACAAAAAGCUGCCAAUAAUCAUCACAAGGCCUUCCAUAGUGACGGCUGCCAUCCACGAGCCGCUGCCUGGCUGGAUUGAGGGCGUGAAUGGACCCACUGGCCUCAUGAUUGGCGCUGCACGUGGCGUCAUCCGUUCGAUGCAUUGCAACCCGGAUUAUGCAUCCACGGUGAUUCCCGUUGACAAGGCCAUCAAUGGCAUGAUACUCUGUGGCUAUGAGCGGGGCAAGGCCAGCGAAAAGUUAAAGUCUUCCGAACAGAAUCAGGUGGAGUUUUGCAAUCUGUGCAUCUCCAGCAAGGCGCUGAUGUCUUGGGGCGAGAGCAUUGAGACGGGUCGCAAGUUCUUCUAUGAGACGCCGCUUAGCUUUGCGCUCUGGUAUCCCGGGGGCUCAAUUAAGCGCAAUUAUUAUCAUCAUCUGUUUUGCGUCAUCUUCUUUCACUAUCUGCCCGCUUACUUUAUUGACUUCUGGCUGCUGCUCUUCGGUCGCAAGCCCUUCUUGGUAAAUGUGCAGCGUAAAAUAUCAACUGGCCUGAAAUUGCUGCAGUAUUACACAACAAAAGACUGGGACUUUAGGAACGAACGUUUUCAGGAGCUUAGCAGCACACUAAAUGCCAAGGAUGAAGAACUGUUCGACACCUCGGUUAGCCAGGUCAACUGGGAUCUGUACAUCAGUAAUUAUAUACGUGGCAUGCGCACCUACAUUCUGGGCGAAAGCGACGAUACUUUGCCCCACGCUAAAGUUGUACUGAGGCGUCUCUAUAUUCUGGAUUGGGUCAGCAAAAUUCUGUUCUACUCUCUAACGUUUUGGUUCUUGUGGACCCAUUUGGAUGGAUUUGUGGAGAGGAGCGAUGCAUUCAUACGCUCGUCACUACAUAUUAUCUACCACGAGCAGAACAGCACAAUACAUACUUAAUUUUAUUUGUUAACUUACCAAUAAACACUUUUUAAUUCUUUAUU